CAAUGGCGGAAGUUCCUCAUCACAAUAUCCCUGCGGUCGACAUGCUCAACGCAACGUCUCGUCUUCAGCUCGAGGCUCAGGAGCUCCGUAACAAUAAGCCAAACUGGGGAUCUUACUUCCGCUCUCAAAUGAUUCAAGAAGACGACUACAACUUCAUCACCAGCUUUGAAAACGCCAAGUCGAAAGAAGAGCGUGACCAGGUUCUUGCCGCUAACAAUGCCAAUGGACAGGCAGCUAAGACCAUGGCAAACCUCAUCACUCAAGUCGCCAAGGAUCAGAAUGUACGAUAUGUGCUUACUCUUUUCGACGACAUGCUUCAGGAAGACAAAUCCCGCGUGGAACUUUUCCACUCUGCGGCUGCUCGUCAGAAGCGCACCGUCUGGUCGCAAUAUCUUGGAAUCUUGCAACGACAAGAUAAUUUCAUAGUCAACCAGAUGAGCUCCAUCAUUGCCAAGCUUGCCUGCUUUGGAACAACUCGCAUGGAGGGACAAGAUCUUCAGUACUACUUCUCCUUCCUCAAGGAGCAGCUUAAAAACUCUACGACCAACGACUACAUGAACACCACUGCUCGUUGCCUUCAGAUGAUGCUCCGUCACGAUGAAUACAGACAUGAAUUCGUUGAUUCUGACGGAGUUCAGACUCUUGUCACUGCUCUCAAUGGAAAGACCAACUUCCAGUUGCAAUAUCAACUUAUCUUUGCUGUUUGGUGCCUCACUUUCAACGCCGACAUUGCCAGAAAAGCUCCAUCUCUUGGACUUAUUCAAGCUCUCGGAGAUAUUCUUUCCGAGUCCACGAAGGAAAAGGUCAUCAGAAUCAUUCUCGCUUCUUUCGUGAACAUUUUGAGCAAGGUUGAUGAGCGUGAAGUCAAGAGGGAGGCUGCUCUCCAGAUGGUUCAAUGCAAAACUUUGAAGACUUUGGAGCUGAUGGAUGCUAAGAAAUACGACGACCCAGAUCUUGAGGAUGAUGUCAAGUUCCUCACUGAAGAGCUGACCCUUUCAGUGCACGACUUGAGCUCCUACGAUGAGUAUUACAGCGAGGUUCGUUCCGGACGUCUUCAAUGGUCUCCAGUGCACAAGUCAGAGAAGUUCUGGCGUGAAAACGCUUCCAAGUUCAAUGACAAGCAAUUCGAAGUUGUCAAGAUCCUUAUCAAGCUUCUUGAAUCUAGUCAUGACCCACUGAUCCUUUGUGUUGCUUCUCAUGAUAUCGGAGAGUAUGUUCGUCAUUACCCGAGAGGAAAGACCGUCGUCGAGCAGUAUCAAGGUAAGGCAGCUGUUAUGCGUCUCCUGACUGCCGAGGAUCCAAAUGUUCGCUACCAUGCUCUUCUUGCUGUUCAGAAGCUUAUGGUCCACAACUGGGAAUAUCUUGGCAAGCAAUUGGACAGUGACGUUCAAACAGAUACUGUCGCCGUGAAGUAAAUCCCUUUCUGAAAAUGCAAUCUUAUCUAUCAUUCACAUUCCACUUGACCCCCAAACUAACUUUUGUUGUAUAAAAAUACAGUGUAUUAUUCUUUUGAAACUUCACUUCGUAUUGUCGUUGUCACUGUACUAUGCUUGUACACCACAUUCCCAUUUCUCUCUCUCUACCCGAUACCGAACAUCGUCUCACUGUACUUUUUUAGUGAUAAAUUUCAUCUAGUUUUUACCUUCUACCUACAUGUUCAUCUAGUUACUUAUUUUUCUGCGAUAUACUAUUUUUUGUUUUAGUGAUGAUACCUGUUCAAUUUUUCACUUAUUUGCAACGCCCAAUAAGUAAAGUUUUUGAAUUUUU